AACCAAUUCUAAAGUUGUAAAAAAAAAUAAGCGCCGACGACAGCAGAAGAGGAAGAAGAGCCAUGUCGAACGCAGACGUGCAAUAUAAUCAGGGAGGCUUUGAGCCAAAUCAGGAUAACAACGAAGACUAUAACGAUGACACUGAUCAGCAGCAGGACGAUGAUGAGCAAUAUGACAAUGAUCAAAACGAUGGCGAUGAUGACGAUUCGAAUGUGAAAAUCGGCGAUGUUGGCGAGAGUCCCAAAUUUAUACGGUUACGCGGUCUACCCUGGUCGGCAACGCACAAAGAGAUACUUGAUUUUCUGGUGAAUGUGGAGGUGAUCAAUGGGUCACAGGGCAUACAUCUGGUCACAAGCCGUGUGGAUGGCAAAAAUACGGGUGAAGCAUAUGUUGAGGUCGCCAGCCAGGAGGAUGUCGAAGAGGCACGCAAGCUCAACAAAGUCAGCAUGGGUCAUCGCUAUAUUGAAGUAUUUACUGCCACGCCCAAGGAAGCAAAGGAAGCAAUGCGCAAAACAGGCGGACAUGGCCACGCCUUUGUGGUUAAACUUCGUGGUCUACCCUAUGCCGUCACAGAGCAGCAGAUCGAGGAGUUCUUCACCGGGUUGGAAAUCAAAACGGAUCGGGAGGGCAUACUUUUUGUUAUGGACAGAAGGGGUCGUGCUACUGGGGAAGCUUUUGUUCAGUUCGAAAGCCAGGAUGACACUGAGCAAGCCUUGGGCCGAAAUCGGGAAAAAAUUGGGCACAGGUAUAUUGAGAUCUUCCGCAGCUCCAUUGCAGAGAUGAAGCGAGCCACUGGAGGAGGCGGUGGCGGCGGUGGACGCCCGGGACCCUAUGAUAUACGCGAUCGCGGCGCCAAUCGUGGCGGCAACGAUUUCGGUGGCCGCAACGACUGGGGCAAUAAUAGCAACUUUGGUGUGGGAGCCAACAAUAUGUUGGGCUUUAAUAAUUUGCCGAGUUUAAUGAACUCGGGUAAUUUUGGCAAUAACUCUGGCGGAGGUGGCGGCGGCGGCGGCAACGGUGGUGGUGGUGGUGGCGGCGGCCUAAACAGCGGUAACAAUGGCAACUUUGGCCAAAACUCUGGUAACUUUGGCAAUUUCGGCAACGAUUUUGGCGAUUUUAACAAUUUUGGAAACAAUCGCAGCAACAACAAUGGCAACAAUUUUGAUAUGCCAGGCAACUUUGGUAAUAACAACAACGGCGGCGGCGGUGGAGGAGGAGGAGGCUUUGGCAAUUUUGGCAACAAUUCCGGAGGCGGCGGAGGCAGUGGCUUUAAUAAUGGCGGUGGCUCUGGAGGUUUCAAUAAUGGUGGAAACGGCGGUGGUUUUAACAAUGGCGGUGGCAACUCCGGUGGCUUCAACAAUGGUGGUGGCGGCGGCGGCGGUGGUGGUUUUGGCAACUUUGGCAACAACCCUGGCGGCGGUGGUGGUGGGUUCAACAAUGGUGGCUUUAACAAUGGCGGUGGCUUUAAUAAUGGCGGAGGCGGCGGUUUUAACAAUGGAGGCAACAGCGGCUUUAACAAUGGCGGCUCUGGUUUUAAUAAUGGAGGCGGUAACUUUGGUUCAGCGGGUGGCAAUUUCGGACCUAUUGGAGGUGGUCGCAAUAAUGAUAUCGAGUAUUACACGAUCCACAUGCGCGGUCUGCCAUACAAUUCCUUCGAAAACGAUGUGUUUAAGUUCUUCGAACCCAUUCGCCCUGCUAAUGUGCGCAUCAACUACAAUAAGAAGGGGCUGCACAGUGGCACUGCUGACGCCUACUUUGACACGUACGAGGAUUCGCAGCUGGCCAUGAAACGACACCGCGAACAGAUGGGCUCCCGCUACAUUGAGCUCUUCUUCGAUGGCAAGACACGUGGCGGCGUUAAUAUAGGCGGCGGCGGUGGUGGUGUGGGCGGCGUCGGUGGCGGCGGCGGUGUUGGUGUGGGCGGCGCCGGUGGCGGCGGCGGCGGUAAUUUCAACGGUGGUCCUGGCAACAAUGGUGGAGGUGGUGGUGGUGGUGGCGGCGGCGGUGGAGCCUUCUCGCGUCGCAUUUAAAUUGCUUCCCCUUAACAUAAUUCCUUACAUUUACAUACGUUAAUGUAAACGCAAGUAUUUCAUAAGUUUGUGGUUUACAUCCGCAUCCGUCGAGCACGCGCACCUAGAAAGCAGACACUUGGCGAACGAAUGUCGCUAGUGAAUAGAAUUAAAAUUUUCGAUUGCAUAAGAAACAAGAAAGUAAACCAUAUUUUAUAUUAUUUAAGCAACAACAUUUUGCCCAAUCGAAAUGGUUAACUUUUGUAUUUAAGUCACAAUUGUAAGAAAAUAAUAAUUGCAAAAUAUCUAACAAAACACAAAAAGGAUAUAUGAAAGACAAAGGUCUUUUUUUUUAAUUUCUGUUUCCAAUCCGAAAUGGCAAAACAAAAACACUGUAAACACCAAUAAUGCAAAUAAAUAUAAAAAAUAAUGUAAAUUGCUUGGACACUGAAUUCAAAUAUAUGAUUUACUGAUUAUAUGUUUAUUCUCCGAACUAAGCAUAUAAAAUUAA